UCGAAGAGACCUUUUCUGGAGUUGUCAUUCAAUUGACAUGCACUUGUUUUUAUUAUUCAGAAACAUAAACAAUUAUUAUCGGAAGCGUCUUAACGUGUGAAAUUUUAUGAAAUGACAAAAUUUCUCAAGUUUCCAUCAAAACAAAAACCAUUUGACGCUGCUAUCGGUGACAUUACCGAAACCGAUCUAUACGAGUAUGCAUUUCCAAGCGAAGACAUCACAUUUGAAGUGGUGAAAAUUGAAGAUACUGAAUGUGUUGUCAAUGAAGCCGAUGAGAAAUGUAUAAACGGUUUGGAGCCGAACACAAGUAAUGAGACAGAAACGUCGACGAGGAAAAGUCAACGCACACCGAAAAAGAAAGUGAUCGUAGAAUAUGGUUACAUAGCGAAGCGGCGGAAAGCACAUGCCAAAAAGGGAUUGGCAAAGAAUCAUACACCCAAGAUGAACAGGAUCUCUCGGCGCCCAAUCAAACCAACGCGUGUUACUCAACAUCGUUCAAUUGAGAUGACCGUUCUCAACAUAAAACAAGAAAAAACAUCAUCACAAACGAAUCAAAACAUCGAAAAUCACAGCACAGUAACACAGAAUGGUCUACGUAAAUCAACUUUCAUCGCACCAAAAUCGGUACAAAGAAUGGAAAAAAGACCCGGACAUCAAUUCCGAUUUGAUGGCAUUGAACAUUAUCCAGAUGCAGAUGAAAGUUAUGUGACAGGAACUAGAUGUAAGAGAGAAGGAUGCAAACUUAAAUCGAAAUUUUUUUGUUUAAAAUGCCAAGUACAUCUAUGUAUAAAACGAAACACGAAUUGCUUCCAAAUAUUUCACACAUUUUCGACCGGCCAUAAAAUAUAGCAAAUAGACAUGUAUGCUUCUUAGGGACAUUCGACCGAAGAUUAAUGCAUUUUGAAAUUAGUCAUGGAAAGUAAAUAAGCAUUCGAAUCUUAAGCAAAGAUCUGUAAUUUAUUUCUCACUCACUCAUUAAAUUGCAUUGAUUUACUGAACACACCAACUGAAUUUGGUUGUUCAAAUUUA